GAGAUGAUUAGUUAUCAACUUUCCACCAAACCCAUGUGAGCAAUAUUAAUUUUCAACUGACAAAAGAAACUUUAAGCCAUGCCUGAUACAACUAAAACUUAUGGUUUACUCAACCAUAUUUAAACCAAUUUCAAAAGGGUAAGGCGUUGACCAAAAAGGGUUUUUGCUGUUCGAUCGUAUAAGCUUGGGAAAAAGAAGAGAAAAUGGCAAUACCCUCCAAAUUAUACAGCAGCUGCUCUGUGUUAAUGGGGUUUUUGUUUGCUUAUUCCACAGCUGUUCAGUUUAACGAUCCUGAUUGGUAUUUAUGGGUUCCACUUUAUGGCUGUGCUUGUGCUGUGAAUCUUCUCAAAUGGAAUGUCUCUUUAGAAGCCAUGAAUAAUGUUGCUAAGGCAGCAAUGGGAGUUGGAAUAUGUUUGUGGGUGAAGGUUGUAGCAGAGGAUUAUAUGAAUGGAAUUGCAGGUUUUCUCUCUUUAGAUUUAAGUGAGAGAGUGGUGAGGGAGAAAACAGGAAGUGGAUUGGUUGUGUGCUCCAUGAUUUUACAUCUGAUAGCUGCAUCUUCAUCAUCCCCAAAACUUCGUAUAACAAGUAAAAGUAAAAGGGUGUUUCCGAGACAUCUCACAUAUGGAAUAGCAUGUUUGGUGGCAUUUAGUUAUGGACUUCCCAUUUUCUUCUUCUUGGUGAAAAAGGGCAAAAUGAAAUUCUGAAACAUGUCAAACAAAUCUUACUGUACAAACUUCAAAAAAAUGGAAAGAGUUUUUCAGUUCAACAUUGGCCGAUUUAGUUGAUGUAUUUUUCCAAUUUAUAAUGCAAAAUCUCCAUAAAAUUUAUCUGUUCUGAUA